AGCACAUCUACCUCACCAAGCUCCAGGGACAUAAAUCCCCCCUCCCGCCCCUUCACCUCCGCAAUAUUCUUCCCCGAAAAGCUACCGAUAACCCCCAAAAAGAUGGCUCCCAUCUCCCCACCCCCACAACUCACCCACCUCUUCACCCUCCGCUGCGCCGUCGACCCUCCUAUGGAGAUCGGCCACGGCCCCUACGGCCGUCGCCGCUGCAUCCCCAUCAAAUCCGGCACCGUGCGCGGCAAUUUCCUCAAUGGGGAGGUCGUCCCCGGCGGGGCGGAUUUCAUGCUCGUCGAGGAGGAUCAAACCACGCAUGUGAAUACCAACUACGUGAUUAAGAGUGAUGAUGGGGCGUUUAUCUAUAUUCGGACUGAGGGAACCCGCUCCGGUCCUCCGGAGGUCUUGAAAGCUCUCAUGGAAGGCGAUGAUCAGGUUGACCCCGACCAAUACUGGUUCCAUUUGCAUAUCAAGUUGGAGACGGGGCAUGAGCGGUACCGGUGGAUGAACAAUAGGGUCAUUGUGGGGAGGGCGACGCGCGCCAAGGGGGAAGUUGCGUACGACGCAUAUUUCCUGGACAACAACUAGUUCGACUCAUUGCAUUAGCGGGCUCGGAUAUUUGACUUGAGGGUUU